CCUCAUCCCUCCAGUAGACAUUCUUACCACCGACUCCUUGCCCUCUACAACACCAUGGCCAGACGUUAUGAUAGUCGCACCACGAUCUUCUCGCCAGAAGGGCGAUUGUACCAAAUCGAAUAUGCCAUGGAGGCGAUCUCACACGCCGGUACUGUUCUUGGCGUUCUAGCAAAAGACGGUAUCGUCCUUGCAGCAGAGAAGAAGGUUACCGGAAAGCUUCUCGAUCUCUCUAGUGCCAAGCAAGGUGGUUAUGGUGGUAGUGGCGAGAAGAUCUUCCUUUUGAAUUCGAAUGUUGUUGCGGGCGUGGCUGGAAUUACUGCUGAUGCGAACUCCCUCGUCAACUAUGCACGUCAAGCAGCCCAACGGCACUUAUACCUAUACAAUGAAGAUAUCCCCGUCGAACUCCUUGCGCAGAGAUUAUGUGAUCUAAAGCAGGGAUACACGCAAUAUGGAGGUCUCCGUCCUUUCGGUGUAUCCUUGCUGUACGCUGGCUACGACCCUCAUUAUCACUUCCAACUAUACCAUUCCGAUCCUUCCGGUAACUACUCCGGCUGGAAGGCGACUUGCAUCGGUGCAAACAAUGGGACAGCACAGAGUCUGUUGAAGCAAGAAUACAAGGACGAUAUCACCAUGGAAGAUGCCAUUGGUCUCGUUCUCAGGGUGAUGAGCAAGACCAUGGAUAGCACGACGUUGGGUAGCGAGAAGCUUGAGUUUGCCACACUGACCCUCGAUCCUGCGACAAAGACGCCUAAAGCAAAGGUCUACAGACCGGCGGAGGUUGAUGCGCUGCUAGAGAAGCAAGGAUUGGGGAAGAAGGAUGAGGAUACUGAGAUGAGGGCUACAUGAUACUACAACGUCCUUUGCAUGUCAUUUUUUGUACUACAUAUGCUUGUCGAGCAUGUCCCUCAGAAAGGCCCAUCAAUGGAAGUGAAAUGGGCGUCUGACACCGUCCAGACCUCGAGCGC